CCAAGACUUUACGUAGUACGGAGCCCAAUCAGUAAGGCCCAUUUUAGCCUAUCAGGCCUGUUUCGGCUUUUGGGCCCAUUUUGGCCCAUUCGGCCCGUUAGGGUGGAGAGCCCCCUUUCCCCCUAUUCCCUAUAAAUAGGAGGUUUCCCUCCAUGUAAAAGGAUCCCUUCUUUAGCUUCUUCUUCCUUAUUUCUCUCUAGCUAGCCCAGAACUCCAUUAAUGGGAGCUCCAAUACUUGUACUAUGUAAUGGUGAGGAGAGAUUAAUGAGAAUGAGAGGGCUUGGACAUUAGCCUAAAAAGUCCCGUGGUUUUCUCCCUUUUGGGUUUCCACGUAAAAACUGAGUUGUUCAUACACAUUUAUACAUAUAUUUACUAUAUCGUGUUGGAUUAAACUCAACACUGGCGCCGUCUGUGGGAAUCUGUCCAAAAAGAUUCAUGUGUUUUACUGUUCUUGAGUUUCUACACAAAAAUUCAUACGAAGUGGACUGAUUUCACCAAAAAAGAAGAAAAAAUUCGAGGGAAAAUGAUUCUGGGGAGCGAAGAAGCUACGGAUUCUGGAAGAUCAAAUCUGGUUUCUCUUUUUGCAGAUCUGGAUUGAGGCCGCCGGAGCUGCCGCACCGCCGUCGUUCCCGCCGCCAUGGUCCUCCCGGUGCGUCCAGCUGCACCAGGUGAAGCUCGCGGCCGCGUCCCGGGUCUCGCCGCUGCGUUUCUAGAAAAACGCCGCCGACAGCAGAGUCGCCCAUGGCUCGUUGUUGGCUCCACCAACCACCGUCUGAGCCGCCUCACCGCCGCCUGUCAUCGGCGGACAAUAGCUUGUCACCCGUCCACGCGGCCGAUAGUCGUUCGAGCCUCCACCUCGUUGCUAACGCGACCUGAAGAAAUAUCCGCCAUUAAUGGCGGCUUGGAGCUUAAGGGAGGCACACAUAUGAAGCCCCGCCAGGCCCCACCAAGGUCGACGUCCGUCGCUUCCUUUGCGCCUCGGCAACUGCCCGUACCGCCGACGGUAGGUGGCCAGCCCAAACAAUUUGGCCUCGGGUCAGUGAGAGGAUGUUCCAGCUCCCUGUCCAAAAGAUACGGAGUGCUGCGAACCAAUCGAAGGUCUUGGUUCCCAGAAGGCCACGUCCGAACUUCGAAGGAUGCAUGAUAGCAGCGGAUACAACUUGGAGCAAUUCUGACCAAAGUCAAAGUUGACAAGGGGAGACCAUAACUGACUCCAAAGCCCUGCUGGCCGAAGCUUGCUUUAUCUCCAAAAAAGCUAAGUGCCUAUUCUUACUUUUAAAUUGGUACACUUAAUUGUUAAUAGUUCAAACUAUUAGUAAUGCUAGUAUUUUUAUCACCAUUAUUUAGUAGGGAAUUAAAAUGUCCCGAAUUAAAUAAUGCCGAGCGACGCUCUAGUGAUAAUUAGUUUCACCGUCAUUUUAAUUUAAUGACUGGUUGUUGUGGGCCUGUCGGCCCGCUCUCGAUCGGCUUUAAUUAGCGAACGGAGUAUACUAGAAUGGCCUUUGAUAGGGAAGUAUCAUUGCUAUUACCGGUUAUAUCACUAUUAUUUAUUAGGGAUAAAAUGUCCCGAAUUAAAUAAUGCUGAGCGAGGCUCAAGUGAUGGUUAGUUCAGCUAACAUUUUAUUAAGUAUUUAAUUUCUCGUGGCCCCGAUGGCCCACUCUCGAUCAGCUUGAUUAGCGAUCUGAGCGUCUCCAGAGGGUAGUGCCCCGAUGACGCGUUUUUGGGGGUUACGCAUUAGUCCGCACGGCACCAAGUGCUCAAGCGACGAUCGUACCCUAGUACCAUCCGCGCCGCUAGGCGCGAAGUGACUAUUGCCAAACGUGGCCUAUGGGGCCCGAGGGCAGCAAAGCACUCAACCUCGUUUUUCCGAGGACAGUGCGACUAACUUGGGUCUGAGUUUGAAAACUCACAGACCGAUGAAUAUUUUUAUGUGACGUUCGGCGGGCUGCUAAUUGGCCCUGCCGCGAGCUUUUACGUCCAUUAACCCCGCACGAUGAGCCGGGCCGAGGGUCACGACGACCCAUAGGCCGGUAAUCGUGGAUGUUAAAAAGAAAGCCAUUCAGAUGGUUAGGUGUGUAUACAUAUUGUCGGGCCGUGCGGCCCGUUACCAUGCUUAUUGUGCAGUUAAAACCACUCGACGCGCUCGAGCAAAAUGAUUAAAAGACGCUCGGCCCGAGUCUUGAAGACGUUCAGGGCCAGCUAAAGAGGAGACAAUCGCGGUUGAGGAUCGUGAGACGAGCAUCUCCACCCCAGAGACCGAUGGCCUAGGAAGAACACCUAGAGGCCGAGGGUCUAGAGGGAACUGCCACGGCGAAGAACCGUGAGACGAUCAUCCAUCAUCCAGAGGCCGAGGGCCAAGAGGAAACCAUCACGGCUGAGGACCGUGAGACGAGCAUCUCCACCUAGAGGCUGAGGGCCUAGAGGAGACCACCACGGUUGAGAACCGUGGGACGAGCAUCUCCACCCUAGAGACCGAUGGCCUAGGAAGAACACCUAGAGGCCGAGGGUCUAGAGGGAACUGUCACGACGAAGAACCGUGAGACGAUCAUCCAUCAUUCAGAGGCCGAAGGCCUAGAGGAGACCAUCACGGCCGGGGGCCAAACGACAUCAUAUCACGACCGGCCUCUCGGCACGGCGUGUUUAUCUUUUGAAGACCGGCCUCGUCCCCGCUCUUCGUGGAUGAGGGCCGUUGUUUGAUUCUGUCAGAUCGGCCUCUCAUUGCCGACACCAUUAUAUCACGACCGGCCUCCCGGCUAGGCGUGGUUAUCAUAUUUGAAGACCGGCCUCGUCCCCGCCCUCGCGGACGAGGGCCGUUGCUUGAUUCUUUCAGAUCGGCCUCUCAUUGCCGACACUGUCAUAUCAUGUUCGGCCUCUCGGCACGGCGUGAUUAUCAUGUUCGAAGACCGGCCUCGUCCCCGCCACCUCGCGGACGAGGACCGUUGCUUGACCAUAUCUUGAUCGGCAUCUCAUUGCCGACAUCAUUAUAUCACGACCGGCCUCUCGGCACGGCGUGAUUAUCUUAUUUAAAGACCGGCCUCGUCCCCGCGAUGCGCGGAUGAGGACCGUUGCUUGAUUUCAGAUCGGUCUCCCGUUGCCGACAUCAUUAUAUCAUGACCGACCUCUCGGCUCGGCGUGUUUAUCUUUUGAAGACCGGCCUCAUCCCCGCACUGCGCGGAUAAGAGCCACUGCUGGAUUGCAGGUCGGCCCCUCAGUGCCGACGCUAUCACAUCAUGCUCGGCCUCUCAUCGCCGACAUCAUCAUACCACGAUCGGCCUCUCGGCUCGGCGUGCUUAUCUUUUGAAGACCGGCCUCGUCCCCGCCACAUCGCGGACGAGGACCGUUGUUUGAUUCUUUCAGGACCGACUGCUCAGCGACCUUAUGAUCAUUGUUUGUCGGCUCCCAAUGCCGACCCUCUUGAGUUUGCGAUCGGGCUCACGACUCCCCUCAAGGAGGGUGACCAUCGCCUUCGCAUGACGACCAGCUAUUCUAUCGCCUCGUCAUUAUAUCCGUUCGCUAUGCCACCACCAUUAUAUGUGACAUCCCGUGAUCCCUACGAGUUUCUUGGAUACCGAAUGUCUUCUUCGAUGUAGGAAGAUCGGUAGGACCACGGACUAGGGACGAGCAAAGAAGAGCUAGGGAAUCUCGAUGUAGAUAAACCUGUUCCUCCUUGUGAUGUCUGCGGAUACCGAACGUCUCCUCGAAGUAGGGACGCCGGUAGGACCAAGGACCAAGGACGAACGAAGCACCAGUGAAUCUCGAUGUAGAUAAACCUGUUCAUCCUUGCGAUGUCGGCGGACACCGAACGUCUCCUCGAAGUAGGGACGCCGGUGGGACCAGGGACCAAGGACGAACGAAGCACCAGGGAAUCUCGAUGUAGAUAAACCUGUUCAUCCUUGCGAUGUCGGCGGACACCGAACGUCUCCUCGAAGUAGGGACGCCGGUGGGACCAGGGACCAAGGACGAACGAAGCACCAGGGAAUCUCGAUGCAGAUAAACCUGUUCCUCAUUGAGAUAUCGGCGGAUACCGGACGUCUCCUCGAAGUAGGAACGCCGGUAGGACCAGGGACCAAUGACGAACGAAGAGUAUGGAUUGCCUCCCUCAAAAAAAAAAAAAAAAAAAAAAAAAAAGAUGGGGAGAAGAGGAGGGUAGCUCCUAUGUAGAAGGGAAUCUUGCCCGGGUGUGCCAGAUCUUCUCCAACCGCCGAAGACGAACGCCUCUCGAUGUAGAGGUUAGUAGAGACGCGGAGGGGGCUAGACGAACCAAGGGAGCCUGCCAAGAUAAACCUGUUUAUCCCACAAAUGACCAUGGAUCGAUGGACGUGGGAUAACAAAGUCGGGGACCCGUGAGGGUAGACCUGUUCGUCCCUGCGAGUUCUUUGGGUACCUAGCGUCCUCUUCGAAGCAAGAGACGUCGGUAAGGCUAAAAGGACCACGGACGAACGAAAAAAGGGGGGAAUCUCGAUGUAGAUAAACCUGUUCCUCCUUGUGAUGUCGGCGGACACCGAACGUCUCCUUGAAGUAGGGACGCCGGUGGGACCAGGGACCAAGGACGAACGAAGACCAAAAGACUCCAAAAAAAAAAAGAAAAAAAAAAAAAAAAAGAUGCCAGAAGAGCACGGAGCAAAGAAUGAUUUUAUCCCUCGGCGCUAUUGGCCGGGAGGUACAAACUGAAAAACAUACAUAAAGAAUAAUUACAAAAUUUAAGUAUGAAGAAUGAAGUGGCCGACGACGAUCGGCUAAAAUCAUGCUUUCUUUUGCCUUGGACGAUGAAUACCAGCUCCCCAGAUCAGACAGAGGGACGACGCCCGGGUCCACCCUUCCUCCCAGGAUGAAGUCCUGGCAGACGAUCGGCUUCUCAGCGCCAUCGUGUCUCUUUCACGUUCGGAUUGCCCCAUUCCCUUCGAGGAUGGCGACGAACGUCUUAUGCAGUGCGAUCGGCCCCUCGGCGCCAUCGUACUUGGCUUCUUGGUUCGGCUCGCCCAGUCCCUUUCAGGAUGGCGACGAACGUCUCUUAUGCAGCACGAUCAGCGCCCCAGCGCCGUCGUGUCUGGCUCACGUUAGGGUCGCCCAUCCCUUUCAGGAUGGCGACGAACGUCUCUUAUGCAGCACGAUCAGCGCCCCAGCGCCGUCGUGUCUGGCUCACGUUAGGGUCGCCCAUCCCUUUCAGGAUGGCGACGAACGUCUCUUAUGCAGCACGAUCAGCGCCCCAGCGCCAUCGUGUCUGGCUCACGUUAGGGUCGCCCAUCCCUUUCAGGAUGGCGACGAACGUCUCUUAUGCAGCACGAUCAGCGCCCCAGCGCCUUCGUGUCUGGCUCACGUUAGGGUCGCCCAUCCCUUUCAGGAUGGCGACGAACGUCUCUUAUGCAGCACGUCUGCCCCUCGGCGCUGACAUGCCCGGGUUAUCGUUGAGAGCUACCGCUCCUAUCACAUCUUGCAUUCCCUCUCUCAUACAUUGCACCCAUACAUUACAUGCAUUCAUGCAUCAUACCUCAUACAUUCAUACAUACACACGUGCAUCAUGUUUUGACAGUACCGCGACGUCGGUUUAUAGAUGCAUGGACCUCUAAGCUUCUCCGUUGGAAAGCUCGAGUCAGAGUCCUUUACUCUCGCCUGAUGCAUUCAGGGGGAGCGUGCCCGUGGAGGAGCACCCUUCGCCCGACCCCGUCGGGAACGGAGGUGCCUCACCGGCAGAUUACGUUCAGGAGUGUGGACAUCCACUCAUAUAUUAUGAUUAUUCGAAGACACAGGUUCCAGCUAGAUCGAGGUAAAGCGUAGGCAAGAGUAUAUUUUCUCGAGCAGAUUCGCACGCUCACUACUCAAGAAACUGGGGGACUUGUGUUGGGAUAUAUUAUCCCGGCCUAUUACUGUUCAGGAGCCCAAGACUUUACGUAGUACGGAGCCCAAUCAGUAAGGCCCAUUUUAGCCUAUCAGGCCUGUUUCGGCUUUUGGGCCCAUUUUGGCCCAUUCGGCCCGUUAGGGUGGAGAGCCCCCUUUCCCCCUAUUCCCUAUAAAUAGGAGGUUUCCCUCCAUGUAAAAGGAUCCCUUCUUUAGCUUCUUCUUCCUUAUUUCUCUCUAGCUAGCCCAGAACUCCAUUAAUGGGAGCUCCAAUACUUGUACUAUGUAAUGGUGAGGAGAGAUUAAUGAGAAUGAGAGGGCUUGGACAUUAGCCUAAAAAGUCCCGUGGUUUUCUCCCUUUCGGGUUUCCACGUAAAAACUGAGUUGUUCAUACACAUUUAUACAUAUAUUUACUAUAUCGUGUUGGAUUAAACUCAACAGUUAUAAAUUUUGAAAAAUGGGGUUUUUAUUUGUUGAGUCCUACUUGUGCAUCAUCUCUUUGUUGUGUUGCUCUUCUUGAUUUGGGCAACGUCUUCCUGUCUCCACCUUGGUCUAUAAUUCAAUUGACGGGAAAAGUGUCAAAUAGGCUCCUCUACUAAUACGGAAAAGUCAAUUAAGCCCCCAAACUCAAAAAACACCCAAUUAAACCCACGAACUAUAAAAAAAUGAGGCAAAACAGUCCUUUUAGCAUGCAAUUAACCAAUUCCAGUAAACCUUUACACGUGACGACAUCCGACAGGUGGCCACAAAUGGCAACACGUGACGACACGUGGACUAAUGGAAUCGGGAACCGGUUAUUUACAUGUUAAAAGGGUUGUUUUGCCUCGUUUUUUAUAGUUCAUGGGUUUAAUGGGAUGUUUUUUAGUUCGGGGGCUUAAUUGACUUUUUCGUAUUAGUAGGGGGGCCCUAUUUGACACUUUUCCCUUCAAUUGACAAUUCUUCUAGCCAAAGUUUGUCCAACAAUAUUUUAGAAAUAUUUUAAGUGAGCGUUCCUAAAAAGCUCCUGAUAUGAUCUCAAAUUUUGUAACGAUGUGAUUAAAAUAAGAAUAAAUAAUACUCGGGUUUAAUGCACCAAACCCCCUUGUGAUAUGGAAAUUCGGCGCAUUAGCACUCAUAUGAUUUGAAAAAUGCGUCAAAUCCCCUUGUGUUUUAAUUAAUUUUGUGCCAAAUCCCUUCUGUGAACAAAUUAAAUAGUCAAAUAAAAGAAAAAUGAUCAAAAUUUUUGUAUGAUUCAGAUAUCUUGACAUAUUUACUUGCAUAUUAAAUCAAAAUAUUAAGAAAUGUGAUUUCCAAAUCAUUAAAUUUAUUCAUAAAAGGGGUUCUGUGCAUGAUUAAUUAAAACAAAGGGGGGUUUGACGCAUUUUUCAAAUCACAACGGAUUAAUUCGUUGAUUUUCUAUAUCACGAAGGGGUUUGGUGCAUUAAACCCAAUAAUACUCCUUCUGUCCCACUAACAAUGAGGCAAGAGCGAGUGACACGCAAAUCUGUAAAAAGAUGUUUAUGUGGUUGAUAUUGAAUUGAUAAAAUAAGAAUAAAGUAAGAAUGAUUUAGAGCUACACAAACUUUAUUAAAUAAGGUAUGCGACAAUCUUAUGAGACGGACUAAAAAAAGUAAAAUGAGUCAAACUUAGAUGAAGAUUAUAACACGUAAACCCUAAGAGCAUCCACAUCCAUGAUACUGAAAUAAUCAGAUUUUUUAAUGACACGUAGAUUUUUUCAAAAUAAUCUCACACUUUGUAAAUUACAUCAUUCAUCAUCUGAAAAUUAUCAGAUCUUUUGUGGGUUCUGCACUCCCUAAUUAAUACUCGGUUCACAAUAAUCUUGAGAUAAUCCGGAUUCAUAUUUCAAUCCCGGAUUAUUUUGUCAUAUAAUCUCACCAAAUAAUCUUUAUCACUCAAUCAUGAUCUCAAAAAUAAUCCGCCACAUCACCAACUUAAUCCUCUAAUAAUCCUAUGAAUGGAGAUGCCCUAAGUAAUAAUGUUAUUUUAAGUCGAUCCCAUAAGCAAUUCAUCAACAAUUCAACAUCCCUUUAUUUAUUUUAUACUUCCUCCGUUCUUAAAUAAAUGCAACGGUCAACAGUUCACACUUGCCGAGACACAACUUUGACCAUUAAUAUAAAUGAUUUUGUAUUAGUAAAAAAUUAAAAAAAUUAGAUUAUGAAAAUUUACAAUAAGACAAGUUUAACGAUAUUUUUUUCAUAAAAUAAUAUUAUUACAUUAAUAAAUAAAACGCAAUCAAAGUAGAACAUGUGAAUAGUGUAAAAGUCAAAGUGUUGCAUUUAUUUAAGAACGGUAGUAUUAAAAAAAUACGGAGACUUUAAAAAGGGUUCGUCUAUGGUGCACUUUAAAAUUUAGUGUGUUUCGGUACAUUCUAAUUUUUAUUCAAUCAAAUUAUAGUAAAUCACCAUGUCAUAUUAUUUCUAUUAUUUGCAAUUUAAUCCUUCAAAUUAAAGGUUCUCGACAUUUCUAAAUUAUCCAAAAGCCUUAUGAUCUUCAUCACAAUCUUUCACAAGAACACAUGCAUGAGAAUCGAACCAUCUGUCUUGCAUAAACGAGAACGUUUGCGAAGAGUUUUAGCAUUGAUCAUAUAAAUCAAUUUCAAAACUCCAUUAUGUUAGCAAGGUUCAAAGCGCACGUCGCAAUUGCUGUUAACUGCAUUAUGUUUGGCUUGAGAACUUUGCUUCUUAGUACUUGCAGGGCCGGUGGGCGGUGACCCAUGUAUGACGGUAGUUGUAUAGGUAGAGAGGCAAAUCAAGCAAUCCGGCCUAGGGUUUGAAUUGAUAGGAAAACCGAAAACCUAUCUUAAUUUUCGAAAUUCUGUUGUUUUAUACUAGUAGAAAUCUUUUUCUCUCAUCGAUCUCAAUUAUCUGGUUUUCUUUCACCGCUCACCAGGAUUAAAAAAUCCUUGAGAAACUUCCAGUCGUGUGUUUAUUUGGAAAAUAUAAGGUGUGGAUUAUAAAUUUAAAAAAUUAUAAGUUGUUGAUUUUUGGACUAAAAUGCAAAUAAUAAUAUCGAUAUACUAAUAUGGCGAUGGUGGUGAGAUGGCAGGUUACCAUAGUCUCAUUGGUUUAAAAACUUAGGUACCGGAACCUUGUGAGUUGUGAAUUUAUAAAGGCACCAUAGAAUUUCCCCUUAAAAAACCGGAGUAAUCCGUAAAAUGAGUCGAGAAUUCCGCUAUUAAUUAAUAGCCGUCCAGUCUAAUUAAAGGACUACUCCGUAUUAUUCUUUAUUUCUUUGCCCAACCGCCCCGAAAUCUACGUUAAUGCAAAUCACACCAUUGAAAUUUAAAAUAUAUCCUCCAACCCACUUCUAAUCGCAGCCGUUCGAUCCUUCCUUGCCCUCAAUAAAUAACGCAACCUCUGCGUAAGGGUUAUCCAAGUCAGACCGAUCUUUUCAUCGGCCUCCAUCGUUUCAUCUAGAUCUGCAUCUCAUCAAAAUUUGAAUUUCGUCUCCAAUUCCCCUAUUGAUCUCUCUAGAUGUGUAUUCAAUUGAAUCACGGAUUUUGCCCUGCUGCCUUAUUGAUAUUGUUCGACGAACGCGACAUGAACAACUAGAUUUGGUGCCGGUUUGUGUUGCAUCGCUGACGGAGUAACCGGGCUAUUCAUACACGGUCAUAUCUGGUAUUUGAUUUUGCAUCCCGACGUGUUUGUUCUUAUUUUCCUAUUUAUCACGAAGGCCAUCGAUUUCUUUUAUCUGUUAAUACAUUGGAGAACUUGUUUGCUCAAAGGAUAUAUCUACUCGUUUACAUAUUUUGGAACGAUCUAGACUACUAUGCUCUGAGAUCGGUUCUUCUUUGAUGUUGUAGAUCAUGCGAUAUUGACUUUAAACUUCAGAACGUCGGUUGGAUCUGCUGUUUCUGGUUUGCGAUCUGGAUUUGGUCGAUGGCGUCCACCUCGAAUCGGAUACAUCAGCAACACAAUUGGCUGUGGUUGAUGAAGGUAAAGAAGAGGGCCUUACUGUAGGCAGGAUAGUGCUCGAUAAUUGUGAUUCGUAGAAACUGUUGUCCUAACUGACCUUUGCCAUGGCGGGUGCGCUCUCAUGGCAGGUCAACCAUCAUAAUAAAAUUUCUGGAUUUGUUUUUUGGAGGGGAGAUGGUACGGGAUUGCCCGGCUCUCCCCUCUGGGUGUCGCGUGUCUCUCUCUUCCUAAUCCAGGGUAUAUGUAUCAUAUCUUGUUGCUUGUUCAAGAUUGGAUCAAAAUCCAAAUAUCAUGGACAAGCAAGUAAGAAUAGAUUCCUACCCAGAUGCAUUAGAACACACGUACUGCACCAACAACAGAGACUCGAUUAUGGCUUCACCAAUCAACAAAUACCGCUAAAGUAUUUUCCAAUUCACAGAACUGCCAAUAAGGUACAUAAAUGAUCCCCUCGAUUUACCUAUAUCUGCUUUUUUACAGUUUCUCUAAUAUUUUUACUCAAAGUUGGCUUACCAUAAUCCAUGAAAUAAUUAAUCUGAAAAUGAAAUAUCACAUUCAAAAACUGGUGAUGUAUGCUAAUAUCCAUUUUGAAUGAAUUAAUGGUAAAAAGUCAUAAAGUUCAAUUCCCGGCUCUAUUAUUAAUGUAAUGAUGAUGGCCUAUUCAAACAAGUGUUUUGUACAAUUACCGCCAUGUCUUUUGUUUCGACCAUCCAAAUCUUAUUAGAUCACUAGCAGCUAUUCUAGUACUCCGUAGUUUGUUGCUGGUGGUUCCUUAAGAACAUUUAACUUAAAGAACAUCAACUUGUUAGGCUUCAUUGGCUUGAGGAGUUGUGUUAUUUCUAACUAAAGAUGUUUUUGGAUUAACCCAUGCAUCAAGCAGCCUAUGUAUUCCCUGCGUCACGCACCAUAUGAGUAAGCAAUGUGAUGAUGUCUUUACUGAUUUAUGCUGCCAACCAACAACCAAACACAUUGUCCAUAAAAGCCAUCCAUUUCCUUCUGAAGUCUAAGUGUAAAUGGUUAAUUCAGGUAAUAUAGAUCAUGUUAUGCGAGAAUACUAUCUAUUUGUGUAUUCACGUUGGAAUGUUUUAUUCUCUUUAUAUUUAUGCCAUCUUUACAACAUUCAGUGUUUUUGGUAGAAGAUAUUGUAUCAAUAUUUGGUACAACAUUUAGUAUCAAUGAUUGGCAGAAGAUAUUGUAUCAAUAUUUGAAUUCCAAUGUUUUUGGGUUGAAGACGUUGUAUAAAUAUCUUGUUUACAUUUGUGGUGGAAGAUUUGAAAGGGUUUCCCAUCAUGGUAGUUACGUAAGUGUCUCCCUGUUGCACAAUAUGUAUUGUUUAGUUUUGCACCUUCUAGUUCUGAAUAAAGGAACUCUUGGAGCAUUAUCAACUUUGAAGAGGUUGCCCUGUUAUACAAGUAUCAUUUUGAAGCUGGAAUGAGAUUCAACUGGGAAGGUAUGGCUAAGAGCACUACAAGCUUGUCUGGAUGAGUGGAGGACGUUCAGUAAUCUGUAGCUCUAUAUCUCCCCUUAAUUGUUGAUGGAUGGACGCAGUAUUCUAUGUAUCUCUCUUCAUAAAUCACCAUUGCACAUAAAUUUGACAUAUUUGCUCUAUUUACUAUUUGAACUAUUGUAUUAGCUUUUAUCAUUCGGAUCAAAUAAUUUCAUGUUACAUUUCAC